AUUAGUCUUUAGAUCUCUCUUGAAGAGAGCUGUUAUAUUUGUGCCUGCUACAGUUGGAAAUAACAGUUCAGAAGCUGAAAAGGGUUGAAUGGAUUUACAGAAGGUUAUUUUUUGCAAGUAAAUUCACGGCAACACAUUAAUUUGAUUAGUACAUGCUUUAGAAUUACUUUACACUCAAGAGAUUCAAAAGAUGUUAAAGUUAUCUCCAGGCUGCUGGACAAAUAUGUGUUAUACCACCAAGGUACAGAUCAAGACAAAUCUGUGACUCAGGAUUUUAUCUUGGGAAGAGCGCAAGGUGUACGAAGAACUCAGAAUAACGAGGGAAGAUAACUCUGGGAACUACAAUGUGUCAGAAGAACAUCUCUUGCUAAUACAGCUCCCCACCAAAGACCUGGUUAUCUAAGGUUUAUAUAGGAAUGCCUAGGUCAGCUGACAAAAUACUGGUCUUCUGCUCCAUAAAUGCAGAAAAAACGAUAACAACAGUGGAAAAUUGGAAGUCUGAAUUUCAGCUUUCUUAGAAAUAACUGCAACCUGACACAUUCCAUAAUAUUUAAACAGGGUGGGGGGAGAGGAAUCACCAAAGAUGUUACGAUGUUACGUUUAGAGAUGACAUUGACAUGAAGAAUAGGUAAAUUUUGUUUUUCAACUACUGGGAAAGCAGACCUCAUAGGAACUCAGAACAAGUAGGAGAAAAGUUGUUGUUUUUUUUUUUUUUCCUUGUUCUUUUUCUUUUCAAAGAUGAACCUAACUGCGCUCAAAGCUUUCGUGGGCUUGCUCUGGAAUUGCUGGGUUCUGGUGGGUCACGCACAGGGAGGUUUAGGAGACAAUCAUGUCCAUUCAAGUUUUAUUUACAGGAGGCUGCGGAACCAUGAGAGAAGGGAGAUUCAGAGAGAGAUUCUCUCUAUCCUGGGUUUACCUCACAGACCCAGACCAUUUUCACCAGGAAAGCAGGCUUCUUCUGCACCCCUCUUCAUGCUGGACCUGUAUAAUGCCAUGACAAAUGAAGAGGAUUCUGAGGAGCUGGAGUAUUCACUAAAGGGAUCAAUGGCAGGGGAGAGCAGAGGGAUACGAAAAGGAUACCCUGCCUCUCCAAAUGGAUAUUCACGGAGAAUACAAUUAUCUCGCAUGACCCCCCUGACCACACAGAAUCCUCCCUUAGCCAGCCUGCACGACACCAACUUUCUGAAUGAUGCUGACAUGGUCAUGAGCUUUGUCAAUUUAGUUGAACGGGACAAGGACUUCUCCCACCACCGAAGGCACUACAAAGAAUUCCGCUUUGACCUGACUCAGAUCCCUCACGGAGAGGCAGUGACGGCCGCCGAGUUCCGGAUAUACAAAGAUCGGAGCAACAGCCGGUUUGAGAAUGAAACCAUUCAGAUUAGCAUAUAUCAGAUCAUCAAGGAGUAUCCCAACAGGGAUGCUGACUUGUUCCUGUUAGACACAAGAAAGGCUCAAGCUUCUGAUGUGGGCUGGUUUGUCUUUGACAUUACUGCGACCAGCAAUCACUGGGUGAUUAAUCCACAGAACAACCUGGGCUUGCAGCUCUGCGCUGAAACUGGGGAUGGUCGAAGUAUCAAUGUUAAAUCUGCUGGCCUGAUUGGAAGACACGGGCCUCAGUCAAAGCAACCAUUCAUGGUUGCAUUCUUCAAGGCAAGUGAAGUGCUUUUCCGUUCUGUCCGAGCAGCCAACAAUAAAAGGAAAAAUCAGAACCGCAACAAGUCCAGCAGUCAACAGGAGUCCUCUAGGAUGCCAAAUGCUGGAGAUUAUAACACAAGUGAGCAAAAGCAAGCAUGCAAGAAACAUGAACUUUAUGUGAGUUUCCGAGACUUAGGAUGGCAGGAUUGGAUUAUCGCACCGGAGGGCUACGCUGCGUUUUACUGUGAUGGAGAGUGUUCUUUUCCCCUCAAUGCCCACAUGAACGCAACAAACCAUGCCAUUGUUCAGACUCUGGUUCACUUGAUGUUCCCCGAUCAUGUACCAAAGCCAUGCUGUGCACCAACAAAACUGAACGCAAUCUCCGUGCUCUACUUUGAUGACAGUUCCAAUGUUAUUUUAAAAAAAUACAGGAAUAUGGUGGUGCGCUCAUGUGGCUGCCACUAAAAUAAAAAAAAAUAAUCUAAAGCAGAGGGUUUUAUUCAAAAUUGUAAUAAAGUCAAGAUAUGAGAAUUGCUGAUGAAAAGGCAGGCCUAAAUUUAUUCCAUUUCAUGUUGUCUCUCAUUUAAUUGUACAGUAUAAUGUACAUAGUAGCUUUUAUUUAUUUAAAAGUAUAUAGUUUCUUUUGUAUGAGCAAAAUUUCAGAACCAUUUAUUUAAUGGGUCACCUCACCAUGCAGCAGAAGUUCACAAAUUAAUUUUUCAAUUGACCAUACUGAAAUUUGCUUUAUCCCAUUUCAAUAUUAUAAAGUAAAGCCUUUUUAUACAGAAUUUUUUUUAAAAUAGAAACUCCAGAAGUUCUGUAACUGCUUUGUAUUGUUAGAGGAACUAAAAUGCAUUUGGUCAUAUUUUGCCAGUGAAAACUGUGGCAAGGUAUUUAUUUAGCAAAAGGCACAGGAAGAAAAAAACUAAACAAAACUGCUCAGCUAAACAUAUUUUUUCUUUUAGAACUUCUGCUCCAUUAGAAAAAGUGAAAUGUUGAACAGUGCUUAAGUAAAUAAAUAGCAGAUAAAAAAUAGAAGUGAAAAAAAUUGCACAUAAUUGUUAUAACUAUUUUCUUUAACAAGAUGAGUGUAACUGGAGGAGUAAGUUACUUUUUGGCUUGUGACCUGCAGAGUUUGCAAAAGGCUCCAGGCUUCAGAAAUUCUGUGUAGACAGACUCUUGCCUCUACCUAUGAUUUUCCAAGUUAACACUAAAAAUUGAACUACAACAUUCUUACCUCAAAUCAUAUCAGUCUAUUAUCUAUGACACUGCUCUGGCAGGUAUUUUUAUAUUAGUGUAAAACAAGCCAAAAUCAAAUCUUAAAAAACCACACAAGCCUUCCCAUUGCAUACACAAGCUACUAUAUGCACAAAGUAUACAGAAUACAGGGUAUGGAAGGGCUUUGCUUUAUUUAGCUCCCACUUCUGGAUGUGUUUUAGGAGUGUGCAAGGGAAGGCACAGGGGGUGCAGCAGUUGUCACUUGUUUAAUCAAAAAUCUUAUCCCUGGUGGUGGCUGUUUUCAGGUAAAGAUAAAAAACACCUUUCACAAGAUGAUGCUGGGUAACAUUCAGCCUACUUGCAGUCCCAUCUGCUUUUCUAUUGUGGGAAUUGAUUUAAAUAAUGGGACUCAAUAUGGGAUACUUUUUUCUUUUAUUUAGCACUUGCAGCUUCAAUAGUUCUUAAAUCCAUAUCAACAACUUUUUAUUCCCACUAAAUUUUGGCCUCAAGUUAAAUCCUUUGGCUUUGAAUUACACAACCAAUUACAAAUUACCAUUCCCAUCACCACUACACACAGUUUUAUUUUGAAUUAAUUACACUUAUUGUCUUGGGGCACCCCUUUGUUUUAGUGCUACAAAAAUGGGAAAAUGGAAAUGUU